ACAGUUCACCCACCUUAGCCGCCAUGGGGCUAAGAGCUGCCAGCCUUUUUAUGCUCUGGCUGGCUCUUUCCAAUACGAGUGAAAUAAGAAAAGGAAGGACAAGAAACCAUGGCCACUAUGUCUGCAGCACCUGGGGGAACAACCAUUUCAAAACUUUCGAUGGAGAUAUCUAUCAAUUUCCUGGCAUGUGCGAGUAUAAUUUUGUUUCUGACUGCCAAGACUCUUACAGGGAGUUCUCUGUCCACAUUCAACGUGCUCUGAACAGCAAUAACCACCCUGAGAUCCAGUAUAUCCUGAUAACAGUCACGGAUUUCACAGUGUACCUCAAGCCCAAACUGGCUGUUGUGGAUGGGCGGAUUGUCAAGACACCCUACUACAGCUCUGGUUUGCUCAUUGAGAGCAAUGACAUUUAUACCAAGGUUUAUGCUAAACUAGGCCUAAUUCUGAUAUGGAAUCAGGAAGAUGCACUGAUGGUGGAGCUGGACAGCAAGUUUGGUAACCAGACAUGUGGUCUCUGUGGGGAUUACAAUGGAGUUCCAAUCUACAAUGAGUUUAUUAGUGGAGUUGCAAGCUACAAUUCAAUUACAUAUGGGAAUUUACAGAAGAUCAGCAAACCCAAUGAUGAAUGUGAAGACCCUGAUGAAACUCGGGCUCUGCCAAGCUGUAAUGAGCAUCGUGAGGAAUGUGAGAAGUUGCUGACCUCCUCUGCAUUUGCUGAUUGUCACUCACGCCUUAAUCUGGAAAUGUACAUCCAAGCCUGCAUGCAGGACAAGUGUGCAUGUAAAGGAAAUGAGGACUCCUUCUGCCUCUGCAGCACCAUCUCCGAGUAUUCUCGCCAGUGUUCACAUGCAGGUGGCCGGCCGGGUGAAUGGAGGACAGAGAACUUUUGCUACAAAACAUGUCCUGGCAACAUGGUCUAUAGAGAAAGCAGCUCACCCUGCAUGGAUACUUGCUCACACUUGGAAGUCAGCAGCCUUUGUGAGGAACAUUACAUGGAUGGUUGUUUCUGCCCCGAAGGGACUGUGUAUGAUGAUAUCACAGAAAAUGGCUGCAUACCUGUGAGCCAGUGCUCCUGCAGACUCCAUGGAAAGGGAUAUUCACCUGGAGAAACCAUUACCAAUGAGUGUGAAGAAUGCACCUGUGAUUCAGGCAGAUGGACAUGCAAAGAUUUACCCUGUCCAGGCACAUGUUCAGUAGAAGGAGGUUCCCAUAUUAAGACCUUUGAUGGGAAGAAAUACACCUUCCAUGGAGACUGUUACUACGUGUUGGCCAAGAGUGCUGUGAAUGAUACUCAUGCCCUCCUGGCAGAGCUGGCUCCUUGUGGCUCCUCAGAUGGACAGACCUGUUUGAAGACUGUUGUGUUGUUAGUAGAUGACAAAAAAAAUGUGGUGGUUUUCAGAUCAGAUGGCAGUGUGUCACUGAAUGAGAUGACAGUGAAUGUGCCUCAUGUGUCAGCUAGCUUCUCAGUUUUCAAGCCAUCUUCUUACUACCUCAUUGUACAUACUUCUUUUGGGCUUCAGCUGCAGAUUCAGUUGUCUCCAGUCAUGCAGCUGUUUGUGACAGCGGAUCAGUCAGUCCAGGACAUUCAAGGUCUUUGUGGAAAUUUUAAUGGGAUGGAAGGUGAUGACUUUAAAACAACCAAUGGAUUGGUAGAAGCUACAGGAUCUGCCUUUGCUAACACAUGGAAAGCUCAGCCCACCUGUGCAGACCAAGCAGAAAAGCUGGAAGACCCAUGCACUCUUAGCAUUGAAAGUGCAAAUUAUGCUGAGCAUUGGUGUUCUUUGCUGAAAAACUCAGAGGGCCCAUUUGCAAGAUGUCAUUCAGUCAUUGAUCCUGCAGAAUACUAUAAGAGAUGUAAAUAUGACACCUGCCUCUGCAAGGACAAUGAGGAGUGCUUGUGUGCUGCCCUGUCCUCUUAUUCAAGAGCCUGUGCUUUCAAAGGGAUUAUACUGGGUGGCUGGAGGCAAAGUGUCUGCUCUGAUGAAGUGUCUGCCUGCCCAGGAAAUCAAGUCUUCCUCUACAAUCUUACAAUGUGCCAGCAAACUUGUCGUUCCAUUGCUGAUGGUGAAAAGUACUGCUUGCAGGACUUUGCUCCUGUGGAUGGCUGUGGCUGCCCAGAUAAUACAUACUUGGAUAAUCAGGAUACGUGUGUGCCCAUCUCCAAAUGCCCAUGCUAUUACAAGGGGUCAUAUCUGGAACCUGGGGAAUAUGUUACAAAAGAUGGAGAACGUUGUGUUUGCCGAAAUGCAAAGAUCCGGUGUACUUCAGUGACAAUGAGAAUGAAAAGUAUAACAGAAUGUCCCUCAAACAAGACCUACUUUGAUUGCAACGCGUCCCCAGACUGGACUUCACGGACACCUGUACAACUUCGCUGUGGUACUUCUCAAACUGAUCUUUAUCAAGGUGAAUGUGUCUCAGGCUGUGUGUGUCCUGAAGGUCUGUUUGAUGAUGGUAGAGGGGGCUGUGUUGAGGAAGAGGACUGCCCAUGUAUUCAUAACAGUGACUGGUAUAACCAUGGACAGAGUAUAACAGUGGACUGCAACACCUGUACCUGCCAGAAAGGUAUCUGGAGCUGCACUAAAAAUGUGUGCUAUGGAACUUGCAUGAUAUAUGGAAGUGGCCAUUAUAUCACCUUUGAUGGAAAAUUCUAUGACUUUGAUGGAAGUUGUGAAUACGUGGCUACUCAGGAUUAUUGCGGUGACAAAAAUUCUGGUGGCUCAUUCAGUAUAAUCACAGAGAACGUCCCUUGUGGAACUACAGGAGUCACCUGCUCAAAGGCCAUUAAAAUGUUUAUAGGGAAAACUGAACUGAAGUUGGAGAAUAAGGAUUAUAAAGAAAUUCAGCGAGAUGUUGGCGAUGAUGUGCAUUACCAGAACAAGACAGUAGGUCUCUACCUCGUUAUUGAAGCCAGCAAUGGUGUGAUGCUUAUCUGGGAUAAGAAGACCACUGUUUUCAUCAAACUGACUCCUGACUAUAAAGGGAAAGUGUGUGGUCUGUGUGGCAACUUUGAUGACAAGGCCAACAAUGACUUUACAAGCAGGAAUGGGCUGCAAGAGACAAAUGCUUUGACGUUUGGGAAUUCCUGGAAACAAUCAUCUGUGUGCCCUGAUGUCACAGAAGAGAUUAAGCCCUGUGAUCUGAAACCACAUCGCAAGUCCUGGGCAGAGAAAGAAUGCAGCCUUAUCCUGAGUGAAAUCUUUAAAAUUUGUCAUUCCAAGGUGAACCCAUCUCCUUUCUAUGAUGCUUGUGUUCAUGAUGCCUGCUCUUGUGACAGUGGUGGAGACUGUGAUUGCUUCUGUUCUGCUGUUGCUGCAUAUGCACAAGAAUGUACCAAGGCUCAGGCCUGUGUUUUCUGGAGAAGUCCUGAUAUAUGCCCAAUAUUCUGUGACUACUAUAACCCUCGUAAUGAGUGUGAAUGGCACUACGAGCCUUGUGGCAGCAAUGUCAUGACCUGCAGAAUGCUUUAUAAUGUCAGCACCAACUUCUCAGUUCCGUACCUGGAAGGUUGCUACCCCAGAUGCCCUCAUGAAAAGCCCGUUUAUAAUGAAGAGACAAAAGAAUGUGUGGCUGCAGAUGAAUGUUGGUGUUACCACAAUGGUAAACCUGUUAUCAUUGGUGGAGAAAUACCAACAGAAGAGAACUGUACAAAAUGUAUCUGUCGCCCCUCAGGAUCCAUUGAGUGUACACCAAUUCCAGGAUGUCCUUGUGUUAUCAAUGGAACAAGUUAUGAAGUGGGACAAACUGUUGCAACAAUAAAGGAUGGCGACAUAUGCACAACAUAUGUUUGUGCAGAAAAUGGAUCUGUAGUUCCUGGAAGUACUUAUCCUUGUCCAUUAACUACUUCACCUUCAACCAUUACAACGUCUCCUGGUACAAGUACUCUUACCACCAUAGUUACCACAAGUCGUCCAGUACCUACAACUCCAUGCCUUGUAUUAAUCUGUGAUUGGUCUGAGUGGUUUGAUGUUAGUAACCCUGAAGAAGAUGGUGGUGACUAUGAAACCUAUGAUGCAAUAAGAAUUGAACAUGGAAACAAAAUAUGUGCAGCUCCUGAAAAUAUUGAAUGCAGGGCUAAAGACAGUCCUGAUAAAACCUUAGAGGAACUUGGCCAAAAAGUGGAGUGUAAUGUGACGUAUGGGCUCAUCUGUAAAAAUGAGGAGCAAGAUGCAAGUAUCUGGCAUCUUUGCUAUAAUUAUGAAAUCAGGGUAAACUGUUGUGAAUGGCAUGAAAUUCCUUGUGACGCUGGACCAAGCUCAACACCAACUGCAUCUUCGGUCACCACUGGAACAACUGUGCCCACUACUACAACCCAGCAGUCAACGACAAUUACCACCAUACCAACACCCACUGCAACCACCACAAGCCAGUCUCCACCUUCAGUAACUUCAGGCUCCACAGUAUCAACCACUGCUCCCACACCAACUCCAUCAGAGUCUCCAACCAGUACUACCACCACAACACCCUUCAGCAGCAGCUCGCAGGGAGCUACUCCUACUGUUCCUGGUGUGUCUUCAUCCAUUCCAACAGUUACAAGCACAGUCCUACCACCAAUAGUAACUCAAACCCACUCUCCUCCACCUUCGCAACCAGUAGGAAAUUGUGAAUGCACCUGGACAGACUGGAUCGAUUCGAGUCAACCAGAUAGAUCUGAUGUGAACAGUGGAGACUAUGAAACCAUUGACAAAAUAAACAACUCCUCCUUUGUAUGCGUGAAAGCUGAGAAUAUUUCAUGCAGAGCAAAGGAUUACCCUAACAUUUCCCUUGAAGAAUUAGGGCAGAAGGUUGAAUGCAGCGUUAACACAGGGCUUAUCUGUAACAAUAAGGAUCAAGAAAACAACGGCCAUGUUUCAUACUGCCAUAACUAUGAGAUCAACGUCUGCUGCACACCAAACAAACCAGAGUGUAUUCCAAGUACGGAACUUGUCACGACAAUCAGCACACCAGUGUCACACUCAACCACUACAACCAUAGUUUUCACUUCAACUGUGUCAAGCACUGCUGCCACGACAACACCAACUGGGUCUGCCCCCACUACCACCUCUGGCACGAUGCCCUCCAGCAGCACCAUCGGCAGCACCGUGAGCACCACGCCUGUUACCAGCCCGCCCUCACCCAGCCCGACUUCAGUCAGCACAUCCACACCCAGGCCAACACCCACCACCUCCGUAACACGUCCUCCCACGUCGACAGAAGGUCCCACUCCUGAGAGCACAACACGUACGACUGUGUCAAGUAGCAGUGCCCCGCCAACACCAACUGGAUCUAGCCCCACUACCACCUCUGGCACGACGCCCUCCAGCAGCACCAUCGGCAGCACCGUGAGCACCACGCCUGUUACCAGCCCGCCCUCACCCAGCCCGACUUCAGUCACCACAUCCACACCCGGGCCAACACCCACCACCUCUGUAACACCUCCACCAACGACAACUGAAGUAGUCUGCACCUUCCCUCCGGAGGACUGCAUCUGGACUGAUUGGAUCGAUGUGAGUUACCCACAGUUUGGCCCAGAGGGUGGUGAUGAUGAGACCUUUGAAACUAUCCAGAAUAAGAUCCCUUCAUGGAACUGUACGAAGGUUGAGAAUGUUUCCUGCAGAGCUGAGAAAUUUCCAGACAUUCCUAUAGAAGAUCUAGGGCAGAAAGUGGAAUGCGAUGUUAACACAGGACUCAUCUGUAAAAAUAAGGACCAGACCACAGGGGGUGUGAUACCAAUGCCGGUCUGCCUGAAUUAUCAGAUCAAAGUCUGCUGUGCUCCACCAUUAAGUCCAGAGUGCACAACAGCUGUCACAACUACGACGACAGGAGAAACCAGCACAACAGUGUCCCUCUCACCGACAACAAGCACUCGUUAUACUCCGAGCGUGUCAAGCACGACUUCCCCACCAACACCAACUGGGUCUGCCCCCACUACCACCUCUGGCACAACGCCCUCCAGCAGCACCAUCGGCAGCACCGUGAGCACCACACCUGUUACCAGCCCGCCCUCACCCAGCCCGACUUCAGUCAGCACAUCCACACCCGGGCCAACACCUACCACCUCUGUAACACGUCCUCCCACGUCGACAGAAGGUCCCACUCCUGAGAGCACAACACGUACGACUGUGUCAAGUAGCAGUGCCCCGCCAACACCAACUGGAUCUAGCCCCACUACCACCUCUGGCACGACGCCCUCCAGCAGCACCAUCGGCAGCACCGUGAGCACCACGCCUGUUACCAGCCCGCCCUCACCCAGCCCGACUUCAGUCAGCACAUCCACACCCGGGCCAACACCCACCACCUCCGUAACACGUCCUCCCACGUCGACAGAAGGUCCCACUCCUGAGAGCACAACACGUACGACUGUGUCAAGUAGCAGUGCCCCGCCAACACCAACUGGAUCUAGCCCCACUACCACCUCUGGCACGACGCCCUCCAGCAGCACCAUCGGCAGCACCGUGAGCACCACGCCUGUUACCAGCCCGCCCUCACCCAGCCCGACUUCAGUCAGCACAUCCACACCCGGGCCAACACCCACCACCUCCGUAACACGUCCUCCCACGUCGACAGAAGGUCCCACUUCCCAGAGCACCACCAGUACAACAGUGUCGAGUCCAAGUGUGUCAAGUAGCAGUGCCCCGCCAACACCAACUGGAUCUAGCCCCACUACCACCUCUGGCACGACGCCCUCCAGCAGCACCAUCGGCAGCACCGUGAGCACCACGCCUGUUACCAGCCCGCCCUCACCCAGCCCGACUUCAGUCAGCACAUCCACACCCGGGCCAACACCCACCACCUCCGUAACACGUCCUCCCACGUCGACAGAAGGUCCCACUCCUGAGAGCACAACACGUACGACUGUGUCAAGUAGCAGUGCCCCGCCAACACCAACUGGAUCUAGCCCCACUACCACCUCUGGCACGACGCCCUCCAGCAGCACCAUCGGCAGCACCGUGAGCACCACGCCUGUUACCAGCCCGCCCUCACCCAGCCCGACUUCAGUCAGCACAUCCACACCCGGGCCAACACCCACCACCUCCGUAACACGUCCUCCCACGUCGACAGAAGGUCCCACUCCUGAGAGCACAACACGUACGACUGUGUCAAGUAGCAGUGCCCCGCCAACACCAACUGGAUCUAGCCCCACUACCACCUCUGGCACGACGCCCUCCAGCAGCACCAUCGGCAGCACCGUGAGCACCACGCCUGUUACCAGCCCGCCCUCACCCAGCCCGACUUCAGUCAGCACAUCCACACCCGGGCCAACACCCACCACCUCCGUAACACGUCCUCCCACGUCGACAGAAGGUCCCACUUCCCAGAGCACCACCAGUACAACAGUGUCGAGUCCAAGUGUGUCAAGUAGCAGUGCCCCGCCAACACCAACUGGAUCUAGCCCCACUACCACCUCUGGCACGACGCCCUCCAGCAGCACCAUCGGCAGCACCGUGAGCACCACGCCUGUUACCAGCCCGCCCUCACCCAGCCCGACUUCAGUCAGCACAUCCACACCCGGGCCAACACCCACCACCUCCGUAACACGUCCUCCCACGUCGACAGAAGGUCCCACUCCUGAGAGCACAACACGUACGACUGUGUCAAGUAGCAGUGCCCCGCCAACACCAACUGGAUCUAGCCCCACUACCACCUCUGGCACGACGCCCUCCAGCAGCACCAUCGGCAGCACCGUGAGCACCACGCCUGUUACCAGCCCGCCCUCACCCAGCCCGACUUCAGUCAGCACAUCCACACCCGGGCCAACACCCACCACCUCCGUAACACGUCCUCCCACGUCGACAGAAGGUCCCACUCCUGAGAGCACAACACGUACGACUGUGUCAAGUAGCAGUGCCCCGCCAACACCAACUGGAUCUAGCCCCACUACCACCUCUGGCACGACGCCCUCCAGCAGCACCAUCGGCAGCACCGUGAGCACCACGCCUGUUACCAGCCCGCCCUCACCCAGCCCGACUUCAGUCAGCACAUCCACACCCGGGCCAACACCCACCAGCUCUGUAACACCUCCACCAACGGCAACUGAAAUAGUCUGCACCUUCCCUCCGGAGGACUGCAUCUGGACUGAUUGGAUCGAUGUGAGUUACCCAUGGUUUGGCCCAGAGGGUGGUGAUGAUGAGACCUUUGAAACUAUCCAGAAUAAGAUCCCUUCAUGGAACUGUACGAAGGUUGAGAAUGUUUCCUGCAGAGCUGAGAAAUUUCCAGACAUUCCUAUAGAAGAUCUAGGGCAGAAAGUGGAAUGCGAUGUUAACACAGGACUCAUUUGUAAAAAUAAGGACCAGACCACAGGGGGUGUGAUACCAAUGCCGGUCUGCCUGAAUUAUCAGAUCAAAGUCUGCUGUGCUCCACCAUUAAGUCCAGAGUGCACAACAGCUGUCACAACUACGACGACAGGAGAAACCAGCACAACAGUGUCCCUCUCACCGACAACAAGCACUCGUUAUACUCCGAGCGUGUCAAGCACGACUUCCCCACCAACACCAACUGGGUCUGCCCCCACUACCACCUCUGGCACAACGCCCUCCAGCAGCACCAUCGGCAGCACCGUGAGCACCACACCUGUUACCAGCCCGCCCUCACCCAGCCCGACUUCAGUCAGCACAUCCACACCCGGGCCAACACCUACCACCUCUGUAACACGUCCUCCCACGUCGACAGAAGGUCCCACUCCUGAGAGCACAACACGUACGACUGUGUCAAGUAGCAGUGCCCCGCCAACACCAACUGGAUCUAGCCCCACUACCACCUCUGGCACGACGCCCUCCAGCAGCACCAUCGGCAGCACCGUGAGCACCACGCCUGUUACCAGCCCGCCCUCACCCAGCCCGACUUCAGUCAGCACAUCCACACCCGGGCCAACACCCACCACCUCCGUAACACGUCCUCCCACGUCGACAGAAGGUCCCACUCCUGAGAGCACAACACGUACGACUGUGUCAAGUAGCAGUGCCCCGCCAACACCAACUGGAUCUAGCCCCACUACCACCUCUGGCACGACGCCCUCCAGCAGCACCAUCGGCAGCACCGUGAGCACCACGCCUGUUACCAGCCCGCCCUCACCCAGCCCGACUUCAGUCAGCACAUCCACACCCGGGCCAACACCCACCACCUCCGUAACACGUCCUCCCACGUCGACAGAAGGUCCCACUUCCCAGAGCACCACCAGUACAACAGUGUCGAGUCCAAGUGUGUCAAGUAGCAGUGCCCCGCCAACACCAACUGGAUCUAGCCCCACUACCACCUCUGGCACGACGCCCUCCAGCAGCACCAUCGGCAGCACCGUGAGCACCACGCCUGUUACCAGCCCGCCCUCACCCAGCCCGACUUCAGUCAGCACAUCCACACCCGGGCCAACACCCACCACCUCCGUAACACGUCCUCCCACAUCGACAGAAGGUCCCACUCCUGAGAGCACAACACGUACGACUGUGUCAAGUAGCAGUGCCCCGCCAACACCAACUGGAUCUAGCCCCACUACCACCUCUGGCACGACGCCCUCCAGCAGCACCAUCGGCAGCACCGUGAGCACCACGCCUGUUACCAGCCCGCCCUCACCCAGCCCGACUUCAGUCAGCACAUCCACACCCGGGCCAACACCCACCACCUCCGUAACACGUCCUCCCACGUCGACAGAAGGUCCCACUCCUGAGAGCACAACACGUACGACUGUGUCAAGUAGCAGUGCCCCGCCAACACCAACUGGAUCUAGCCCCACUACCACCUCUGGCACGACGCCCUCCAGCAGCACCAUCGGCAGCACCGUGAGCACCACGCCUGUUACCAGCCCGCCCUCACCCAGCCCGACUUCAGUCAGCACAUCCACACCCGGGCCAACACCCACCACCUCCGUAACACGUCCUCCCACGUCGACAGAAGGUCCCACUUCCCAGAGCACCACCAGUACAACAGUGUCGAGUCCAAGUGUGUCAAGUAGCAGUGCCCCGCCAACACCAACUGGAUCUAGCCCCACUGCCACCUCUGGCACGACGCCCUCCAGCAGCACCAUCGGCAGCACCGUGAGCACCACGCCUGUUACCAGCCCGCCCUCACCCAGCCCGACUUCAGUCAGCACAUCCACACCCGGGCCAACACCCACCACCUCCGUAACACGUCCUCCCACGUCGACAGAAGGUCCCACUCCUGAGAGCACAACACGUACGACUGUGUCAAGUAGCAGUGCCCCGCCAACACCAACUGGAUCUAGCCCCACUACCACCUCUGGCACGACGCCCUCCAGCAGCACCAUCGGCAGCACCGUGAGCACCACGCCUGUUACCAGCCCGCCCUCACCCAGCCCGACUUCAGUCAGCACAUCCACACCCGGGCCAACACCCACCACCUCCGUAACACGUCCUCCCACGUCGACAGAAGGUCCCACUCCUGAGAGCACAACACGUACGACUGUGUCAAGUAGCAGUGCCCCGCCAACACCAACUGGAUCUAGCCCCACUACCACCUCUGGCACGACGCCCUCCAGCAGCACCAUCGGCAGCACCGUGAGCACCACGCCUGUUACCAGCCCGCCCUCACCCAGCCCGACUUCAGUCAGCACAUCCACACCCGGGCCAACACCCACCACCUCCGUAACACGUCCUCCCACGUCGACAGAAGGUCCCACUUCCCAGAGCACCACCAGUACAACAGUGUCGAGUCCAAGUGUGUCAAGUAGCAGUGCCCCGCCAACACCAACUGGAUCUAGCCCCACUGCCACCUCUGGCACGACGCCCUCCAGCAGCACCAUCGGCAGCACCGUGAGCACCACGCCUGUUACCAGCCCGCCCUCACCCAGCCCGACUUCAGUCAGCACAUCCACACCCGGGCCAACACCCACCACCUCCGUAACACGUCCUCCCACGUCGACAGAAGGUCCCACUCCUGAGAGCACAACACGUACGACUGUGUCAAGUAGCAGUGCCCCGCCAACACCAACUGGAUCUAGCCCCACUACCACCUCUGGCACGACGCCCUCCAGCAGCACCAUCGGCAGCACCGUGAGCACCACGCCUGUUACCAGCCCGCCCUCACCCAGCCCGACUUCAGUCAGCACAUCCACACCCGGGCCAACACCCACCACCUCCGUAACACGUCCUCCCACGUCGACAGAAGGUCCCACUCCUGAGAGCACAACACGUACGACUGUGUCAAGUAGCAGUGCCCCGCCAACACCAACUGGAUCUAGCCCCACUACCACCUCUGGCACGACGCCCUCCAGCAGCACCAUCGGCAGCACCGUGAGCACCACGCCUGUUACCAGCCCGCCCUCACCCAGCCCGACUUCAGUCAGCACAUCCACACCCGGGCCAACACCCUCCACCUCCGUAACACGUCCUCCCACGUCGACAGAAGGAACUUCUUCGUACAGCACUACUAUUCUUACAGGUUCUUUUAGCACCGAAGGUACAACCACUGUGUCUGAGAGCUCUUCAACAGCUUCAGUUUCUACACCUGUUAACACACAGUCUACAGGAGCAUCCUCUCCAUUGUUGACUCCAUCUGGCAGUAUGUCACCACCUUCAGUUUCAACAGUCCCAUCAACAGUCACGACAUCUGGAACAACUCCUACGAAGCCUUUUACCACCACUUCAGGAACAACCUCUAGUUCUUUUAGUACUGUCACUGCAACCACCAUUACCACCUCGGAAAUUGUUUCCUCUGGUUCAGCUAGUACUUCUGGGACAACUCCUGCAUCAAGUACAGUCACUGUUUCAGGAAGCUCUACAUAUAGCACAUUGACUACACUCAGUACUUUAAGUUCAACUGCUAGUUCCAGCUCUAAUUGUACAAUUUCACCUAAUGAAACUCAUGCGCCGGGUGAGUCAUGGUGGCUGUGUAACUGCACCAAGGCUAUAUGUGUAGAAAACAAUACUGUUGUGAUCGUUCCAGUAAUCUGUGAGCCACCUCCUAAACCCACCUGCUCCAAUGGGCUUGCUCCUGUGCAAGUCAUUGAUGAUGAUCUAUGCUGUUGGCAUUGGGAGUGUGAUUGCUACUGCACUGGCUGGGGAGACCCACAUUAUAUGACGUUUGAUGGACUGUACUACAGCUAUCAAGGGAAUUGCACAUAUGUUCUUGUGGAAGAGAUUGAAAAAAGAGUUGACAACUUUGGUGUCUACAUUGAUAACUACCAUUGUGAUGCACGGGAUAUAGUUUCCUGUCCACGAGCACUCAUUGUGAGACAUGAGACUCAGGAAGUGCGCAUUGUAACAGUGAAACCAAAUACCCUGGAAGUAGAGGUGACUGUAAACAAACAGCCUGUGGCUUUGCCUUAUAAGAAAUUUGGCUUGAGCGUCUAUGAGUCAGGCAUAAAUCGUGUAGUGGAAAUUCCUGAACUUAAAAUGAAUGUGUCCUUCAAUGGCUUGUCAUUUUCUAUCAGAAUGCCCUACAGCCUGUUUGGAAACAACACUCAAGGACAGUGUGGCAUUUGCAAUAACAACACGGCAGAUGACUGCAGGUUGCCAAAUGGAAAUAUUGCAGAAAACUGUGAAACUAUGGCAGAUUACUGGCAAGUUGUUGAUCCCUCCAAACCACAGUGUUCUCCAGGUCUAGUUCCUACAAAAGCACCUAGCACAACGACAGGAAAGCCUUGCAAAGAAUCUUCCCUCUGUGAGCUUCUUUGGGGAAGUGUGUUUGAGAAGUGCCGUGAAGUUGUUAAGCCUGAUAAGUACUAUGCAGCUUGCGUUUUUGAUAGUUGUACACUUCCCGACUUAGACCUGGAAUGCUCAAGUCUGCAGAUCUAUGCAGCUAUCUGUGCCGAUCAAAAUGUCUGCGUUGACUGGAGAAGUCAUACCAAUGGUGUUUGCUCUUAUGAAUGUCCCAAACAUAAAGAAUAUAGAGCAUGUGGUCCUAUUCAAGAGACAACCUGCAAGUCAAGUCCACAAAAUGAAACUUCAAUUAAACAAAUUGAAGGCUGUUUCUGUCCUAAUGGUACAAUGCUGUUCGACUCUGGUGUGGAUGUCUGUGUAAAUACCUGUGGCUGUGUUGGAUUGGAUAUGAUACCAAGAGAGUUUGGAGAAAAGUUCACAGCAGACUGUCAGGACUGUGUUUGCCUGGAAGGUGGAAAUGGCAUUGUAUGUGAACCUCACAAAUGUCCUGAACAAAAUAAGAAGAGUUGUUCUGGGAAAGGCUUCUAUGAAGUCACUGUAGUCAACUCUGAAGAUCCCUGCUGCCCCACUGUCACUUGCAAAUGCAACACAAGUUUGUGCACAACUGAACCCCCCAAGUGUACACUGGGAUUUGAAGUUUUUUCUUAUAUUCCCAGUGAUGAGUGCUGUCCUGUGUACAAGUGUGUUCCCAAGAAGGUUUGUGUACAUCAGAAUGCUGAGUUCUUGCCUAAUUCCUCAGUCUUUGUUGAUAAGUGUCACAAUUGCUUCUGCACUAAUGAAGUUAACAUCAGCACUCAACUGAAUGUCAUCUCCUGUGAACGUAUUCCAUGCAACACAUAUUGUGAACCAGGAUAUGAACUGCAACACGUACAAGGUGAAUGUUGUGGAAAAUGUGUGCAGACAAAGUGUGUUAUACAUACAUCACACAGUUCCAAUCUCAUACUGAAUCCUGGAGAGUUUAUAAAUGAUCCUUACAACAACUGCACCAUUUACAGUUGUACAAGUAUCAAGAACCAGCUUAUUUCUUCCACAUCUGAAAUUACAUGUCCUGCAUUCAACGAGGAGAGCUGCAAACCUGGAACUGUUACAUUCUUACCUAAUGGUUGUUGCAAAACCUGUAUACCUCUGGAUAGCCCCACACCGUGCUCUGUCCGUGAGAGAAAAGACUUCAUUGUCUAUAAGAACUGCCGUUCUCUGGAGAGAGUUGUCCUGACUGAAUGUGAAGGAACAUGUGGAACUUUCUCACUGUACUCUGUUGAGGCCAGUUCUAUGGAGCACAGUUGUUCCUGCUGCAAGGAAGUAGAAACUAGCAUGAAGGAAGUGGAACUGAAAUGUCCCUCUGGGCACUCAAUUACACAUAAGUAUGUGUAUGUGGAAAGCUGCGGCUGUCAGGACACUCAGUGCAUAGUCCCAGAAUCUAGUGAGUCUCAGAGCACAGAAGAAAAUGAUGAGAGCACUCAAAAUCACAAGAGAAGAGCCAUCAGCUUAACAUCAAAAUGAAGCAGAAAAAAGCUAACAGCACUCAAGUAAAGGAGCUAUGCACCACUCUGAUCUUCCUUGACAGCUUUUGAACUUAGCUUUUCCCCGCUACAGUAUCCUGUUUGUUCUCUAAUUAUUUUUAACAAUGCUCUAUUUAUUUGUGUACAAAAGUACAGUGAACUUUCUUCUGAGUUGCAUACACCUAUGGAUCAUUUUAUAAUCAACUUAUUUUCUCUGAAUGAUUAAAAGCACAUUAAAAAAAAAAA